AUGGCAAUAAAAAUCAAUUUUUUACAGUGUUAUAUAGUUUUAACAUUCUUGGUAUUUUUGUUUUUGUUAACAGAAGGAGCACCUCAGAGUGCACUGGUAACUCAACUCCCUGGCUUCACUGGCAAAUUUCAGUCAAAACAUUAUGCUGGGUAUGUUAAUAUAGAUGAAAGUCAUGGCAAGAAUAUGUAUUACUACUUUGUUGAAUCUGAAAAAAACCCAUCCAAGGAUCCAGUUGUUCUUUGGCUUAAUGGUGGACCUGGCUGUUCAAGCUUUGAUGGCUUUGUCUAUGAGCAUGGACCUUUCAAUUUUGAGUUGGGAAAGACAAAUGGUAGCUUGCCUAUUCUGCAUAACAAUCCAUACAGUUGGUCUAAGGUUUCCAAUAUAAUAUAUCUGGACUCUCCUGUUGGUGUUGGAUUAUCUUACUCGAAAAAUAAAUCCGACUAUGAGACAGGAGAUUUAAAGACUGCAUCAGAUACCCAUUCGUUUCUCCUCAAGUGGUUUGAGAUCUACCCGGAGUUCCUCAUGAAUCCAUUUUACAUAACUGGAGAGUCUUAUGCUGGAAUAUAUGUGCCAACUCUGGCUUCUGAAGUAGCAAAAGGUAUUGAUGCUGGAGUAAAGCCUGCAAUCAACUUCAAGGGUUACAUGGUGGGAAAUGGCGUGACAGAUGAGAAAAUAGACGGUAAUGCUCUUGUUCCAUUUCAACAUGGUAUGGGCCUCAUUUCAGAUAAAUUAUUCGAGGAAGUCACUGUCGCGUGCCAUGGAAAUUUCUAUGAACCAGGGAGUCAGAAUUGUAAAGACAAGCUUAAUGAAAUUGAUCAGGAAGUUAAUGAUCUAAACGUGUAUGACGUUCUAGAACCAUGUUACCACAACACCGAACCUAGUGCAAUCACCAAUGAUAACUCAAGAUUGCCAAUGAGCUUUCGUAAACUAGGUGAGACAGAAAGGCCUCUUCCUAUCAGAAAGAGAAUGUUUGGCCGUGCUUGGCCUUUUAAAGCUCCAGUAAGAGACGGACUUGUCCCAACUUGGCCGGAGCUUCUCAAUGAGUUAACCGUCCCUUGCACUGACGAUCGUGUUUCUAGUGUGUGGCUAAACAAUGAAGAUGUUCGUAAAGCAAUUCAUGCUGAACAAACAACGGUUAUAGGUCCCUGGGAGCUAUGCACGGACAGCAUAACUUUCAGUCACGAUGCUGGAAGCAUGAUUCCGUAUCACAAAAACCUCACAGCUCAUGGAUAUCGAGCACUCAUAUACAGUGGGGAUCACGAUAUGUGUGUACCACACACUGGUUCAGAAAAAUGGACAAGUUCACUUGGAUAUCCAAUCGUGGAUAAAUGGAGGCCUUGGUAUGUGAACGAACAAGUUGCAGGUUACACACAAGGUUAUGCAAACAACCUCAGUUUUCUGACUAUUAAGGGAUCUGGACACACCGUGCCUGAGUACAAACCACAAGAGGCGUUGGCGUUCUACGCCCGGUGGCUAGAGAGCAAGAAGAUAUGAUAAUGAAGACUAAAUUAGUAGACAUUGUUAAGUCCAAUUAUUUCAGAGAUUUUUAUUUCUCCCUUAACAGGAGAAAAGAAGGGAGAAUGAUAUUGGAUUUUUAC